AGAAAUGUUUACGGAAAAUAAGGAAUGCUCCAAGUGGUUCCGCGGCAACAACUCCUAUUAAGUGGGAGCAUUAUAAGACAUGCUCAUUCAUGCAAUCUGCAUAUGAUUUAGGCCCUACAGAAUCCAGUUUCAUACACCCUGAUGACUUGGAACCACAACAGAAGCAAGAGGUGUUGUAUGAGGGACCUAUAGAGGAUCUUGAGGAUUAUGAUAUAUCGGUAUCACCAACUUCAAUACCGUCAAAUCCAACAGCUUCCCCUCUGCCUGAUAUUAAUGAAGAGAUCAUCAGAGAAAUACCUGAUCAGCCCAAUACCAGUUAUACAAAAAACUCACAAGUGGUAAAAAAGAAGAGGAAAAUGAACAAGAGUGAUGCAGUGGAAGAAGGAAUGUUGAAGACCAUUGACAACUUGCAGGCAGUUUGUGCAGAGCAGGCCAUGAAAAAUACACGCCAUGACAUGGUUACUGAGUCUGUGAUGGCUGCCAUGAAGUUUUUCAGCAGUUAUGAAGAGGUUAAAAUGGACUUUACAGUACAAGUGAUGGAGCUUAUUGCAGCAAAAACCAGAGAGUGUCAAGCCAUAGAAAAGAAAAGGCAAGGCAAUAAUUAAGAUCACUGAAAUAUCAUGAAGUGCAAUAAAUGUUUUCAAACUGUGAUUUAUGCCAAUGAUUUAAUUUGUAUAUAGUCAUAUUAAGUCCUCUUUUAUUUUAUGCUGGUCAUGUUCUAGUUUUCUACUUUUAUUUUUCUAAUAUAUAUUUAUUUUCAUUUAGUAUUAGUUAAGAUUUAGUUUAAGAUCUAUAGUAUUUCUAGAUAUAUAUUUUAAAAAUGGAGAAAUA